CAGAAGAAGAAACGCCUGACAGCGGAAAUCCAGGAUGUUCAAAAGAUGCAACAAGAUUUAAACACCUCAGAAAAUAUGUUUACUUAUAUGAAGCAGAAACAUCAAAUGGGAUCACAGGAACAGCAGAUUCUCGAAGCGGUUCAAAGAUCACUUGCAAGAUUGAACUGGAGGUACCACAGUUGUGCCACUUCAUCCUGAGGACAAUGCAUUGCUCCCUGAGGGAGACAUUUGGUGUUGACACUGAGGGAAGGGCCAUGCUGAAAAAGUCAAAGAACUCUGAGGAUUUUGCAAAUGCCAUGUCCAAGCAUGAGCUAAAAUUCAGCAUUCAGAAUGGAACAAAAGUCAAACUGUAUCCGGAGAAGGAUGAACCUCUGAAUGUACUGAAUCUCAAGAGAGGGAUCAUCUCAGCUUUACUUGUGCCAACAGAAACAACAGAAAACGUAAAAACAAUUUCAAUGGAUACUGUGUAUGGAAAGUGUGACAGUGAAGUUGAAUUCAAAUCUAGAAAAGGAAAUGUUGCAGAAGAGAUUUCGAUUAACAGAGACCUGAAAGCCUGUGACAACUUCAGUCCCAUCAGAGAUUAUGUCAACCCUAUUGCCAUUGUAAAGGGACUAAACAUCCCGUUAUCUACCCUUCUAAGGAGCACUCAAUUCUGUCAUUACAAUAUUGAUGCAAAGAAAAGGCAUAUAAGAGAUGCUGUCUGCAGUGAAAAACACCUGUUUCUGCCUUUCUCAUACAAAAAUCGCUAUGGUGUGAUGACAGAGCUCAGCCAGACACUGAAGCUUGAAGAUACC